AUGGCCGGCCAGUUAUGCCUCCCUGUCUCCCCGCGCCUCUCUUCCGUGAAGCCCUUGAAGCCGCACUUUGGAAACAUCCAAGUGGGCAUCUGUGUGGCGAUCCAGCGCAGCGAUGGGCGGAUCCACCUCGUGGUGGUCACAGAGGUCAAAACACAAAACGCUUGGGUCACGGUAGAAUGGGUCGAAAAAGGAGUCAAAAAAGGCAAAAAGAUUGAUCUAGAGGCCAUAUUCCUGCUGAAUCCAGCGCUGGCCUCUGCUGAGCACCCCACGCCGGCCAGGGCGUUGCCCUCCUUGUCUCUAGCGCCCUCUUCGGCCAUCGGGAACCAGCGGGCGGCCACGCGGUGGAGUGCGAGGAUCCCCCAGAUAAACGAAACGCCCUCGGGGGACAGUCCGGAUGUGAGAGUUCCCAGCAGUCUUUGCCUGAUGAAGCAGAAAAAGUCUCCCUGCCUACGGGAAAUUGAGAAACUGCAAAAGCAGCGAGAGAAGCACAGACGGCUGCAGCUGGAGAUCCGAGCUCAGCGCGCCCUGGCUGUCAACACAGGAAACCCCAACUACGAGAUUCAGAGCACGAUCGAGGAAUGCCGCAGGCACCUGGACUGCAACCAGUUGUCGGGCCCGAAGCCACUGGAGGACCACCGCAUCUGCGUCUGCGUGAGGAAGCGGCCUCUCAACCAGCGGGAGACCACCAUGAAGGACCUGGAUAUCAUCACCAUCCCCUCGGACAAAGUGGUCAUGGUGCACGAGUCCAAACAAAAGGUGGACCUUACUCGCUACCUGGAGAACCAGACCUUCUGCUUUGACCACGCCUUUGACAACACUGCCUCCAACGAGUUGGUGUACCAGUUCACGCCACUGGUUGAGUCCAUCUUCCACAAAGGCAUGGUUACCUGCUUUGCCUAUGGGCAGACGGGCAGUGGGAAAACGCACACCAUAGGUGGAGCCUUUUCAGGAAGGGACCAAGAUUGUUCUAAAGGCAUUUAUGCCAUGGUGGCACAGGAUGUCUUCCUCCUGCUCAAAACUUCUGCUUAUAAGAAGCUGGACCUCAAAGUCUAUGGGACAUUUUUUGAGAUUUAUGGGGGAAAGGUGUAUGACUUGUUGAACUGGAAGAAGACACUGCAAGUCCUUGAGGAUGGCAGUCAGCAAAUCCAGGUGGUCGGGCUGCAGGAACAAGAGGUGUGCUGUGUGGAGGACAUGCUGAACCUUGCGGAACUCGGGAACAGCUGCCGGACUUCAGGACAGACAUCAGUCAAUGCCCACUCUUCCAGGAGCCACACAGUGUUCCAGAUCAUUUUAAAGUCUCGAGGGAAACUGCAUGGUAAGUUUUCCCUUGUUGACUUAGCUGGGAAUGAAAGGGGAGCUGAUACUGCCAAGGCCAACCGGAAAAGACAGCUGGAAGGAGCAGAGAUUAAUAAGAGUCUCCUCGCACUCAAAGAAUGCCUCCGGGCUUUGGGUCAGAACAAGUCUCAUACCCCAUUCAGAGCCAGCAAGCUCACACAGGUGCUCCGGGACUCCUUUAUAGGCCAGAACUCCUCCACUUGCAUGAUUGCUACUAUCUAUCCAGGGAUGGCCUCUUGCGAAAACACCCUCAACACCUGAAGAUAUGCCAACAGAGUAAAAGAAAUAACUCUAGAUUUAAGGCCUCACCAUCGUUGUCUUUAUCCCGCUGAACGUGAGGUGCCAAGGAUGUUGGAAAAUCACAUUAGAAAUUCACAAAUGUCCCUUCAAGGGAACGAAUUUAUUAAAAUGCCUUGUAUGCAGAGUGAGAAGGAGGAAGAGACUAAAGAAAUCAAAGCACCAUCCUCUCCAUUAAUGGAGGAUAUAGCAUUCUCCUGGAAGGAAUGAAGCCAACGGCCAGGGAAUAACAUCCAGGAGACAGCUGAUGGGGUAAACUGUGAUGUUGAUUUUUGCAUUGCCCAGUUAUUGUCCAUUUUGGAGCAGAAAAUAGGUUUUCUGACUGAGAUUCAAAGGAAACUGAAAUUAUUACGAGCUGACCUUCAAAAGAAGAGCAAGUAUAGUGAAGCCAAUGGUGAGAGAUCAGACCUGAAAUGA